GACCAGGGGGCGGAGCGAACGGGUGACAGGCCGUGACGCUGGCCGGUCUUCUCUUAUAUAGGCACCCGGGGGCGCGCAGGGACCGUGCUUCGUCGUUGCCGCCGCCGUCGCCGCCACUGCCACCGCCACCGCGUCCACCUCCCGCUUCCCACCACAGCUCCUAGCAUAGCCGCCACCGCCACCGCGUCCACAACCAGCGCCACCGCCAUGCGCGAGAUCGUGCACCUGCAGGCCGGCCAGUGCGGCAAUCAGAUCGGGGCCAAGUUCUGGGAGGUGAUCAGUGAUGAGCAUGGCAUCGACCCCACGGGCACAUAUCACGGGGACAGUGACCUGCAGCUGGAGAGAAUCAACGUAUACUACAAUGAGGCCACAGGAGGAAAUUACGUACCCAGAGCUGUGCUGGUGGACCUGGAGCCAGGCACCAUGGACUCAGUUCGCUCUGGCCCCUUUGGCCAAAUCUUUCGGCCUGACAACUUUGUAUUUGGGCAGUCCGGAGCCGGCAACAACUGGGCCAAGGGCCACUACACAGAGGGUGCGGAGUUGGUGGACGCCGUCCUGGACGUGGUGCGGAAGGAGGCCGAGAGCUGCGACUGCCUACAGGGCUUCCAGCUGACGCACUCGCUGGGCGGAGGCACGGGGUCCGGAAUGGGUACGCUGCUCAUCAGCAAGAUCCGGGAGGAGUUUCCCGACAGGAUCAUGAACACCUUCAGUGUGGUGCCAUCGCCCAAGGUGUCAGACACGGUGGUGGAGCCGUACAACGCCACGCUGUCCGUGCACCAGCUGGUGGAGAACACGGACGAGACCUACUGCAUCGACAACGAGGCGCUCUACGACAUCUGCUUCCGCACGCUCAAGCUCACCACGCCCACCUACGGGGACCUCAACCACCUGGUGUCCGCCACCAUGAGCGGGGUCACCACCUGCCUGCGCUUCCCCGGCCAGCUCAACGCUGACCUGCGCAAGCUGGCCGUGAACAUGGUGCCCUUCCCGCGCCUGCAUUUCUUCAUGCCCGGCUUCGCCCCGCUCACCAGCCGGGGCAGCCAGCAGUACCGCGCGCUCACGGUGCCCGAGCUCACGCAGCAGAUGUUCGACGCCAAGAACAUGAUGGCCGCCUGCGACCCCCGCCACGGCCGCUACCUGACGGUGGCCGCCGUGUUCCGCGGCCGCAUGUCCAUGAAGGAGGUGGACGAGCAGAUGCUGAGCGUGCAGAGCAAGAACAGCAGCUACUUCGUGGAGUGGAUCCCCAACAACGUGAAGACGGCCGUGUGCGACAUCCCGCCCCGGGGCCUGAAGAUGGCAGCCACCUUCAUCGGCAACAGCACGGCCAUCCAGGAGCUGUUCAAGCGCAUCUCGGAGCAGUUCACGGCCAUGUUCCGGCGCAAGGCCUUCCUGCACUGGUACACGGGCGAGGGCAUGGACGAGAUGGAGUUCACAGAGGCCGAGAGCAACAUGAACGACCUGGUGUCCGAGUACCAGCAGUACCAGGACGCCACGGCCGAGGAGGGCGAGUUCGAGGAAGAGGCUGAAGAGGAGGUGGCCUAGGGCCACCUCACGCGCUUCGUGUCUGCCCCCGCCCCCGGAGGCCCCUUACUUUUGACCCCCUGGAGCCCCUCUUGGGCCCUGAGAACCCUGCCUCACCUCUAAGCCUGAUUCGCUUCAGACCCUCUGACCUUACAACCUUCACUUCACCCCUGACUUCAGCUGACCUUUGACCCUUGAGCCCCACUUUGCCCCACAUUUAACUCCAUGAACCCUGUUUCACCCCAGCCUCCCUUUCAUUUUUGACCUUCCUAGGGAAUCCAACACACCCCCAGACCAAGAAGCCCCAAUUUACUUUUGACACCCCUCUCACUGAGCAUCUCUUUGGCUCUGACCUUGCUUCACCUUUGACCCCAUAAGCCCACCUGCCCUCUGACCUUGCCUUCUCUCUGACUCCUAUAAGCCCCCUGUUUCAUCCCUGAACUCAGUCCCCUUGGCUCCAACUGACCUUGGCUUUCCAGGGGUCAUGAGGGGCUGCUGUGGAGGGAGAAGCCCUGGA